AGUGACUUGGCGAAAACUUCCAGGCAGGAAUCUUGGACGAAAUUCCACCUUCGGACGACACCGAUGUCGGGAUUCUCGCAGCGCCCACGCCUACGCCGCCCGGGUAUAACCCGGCCCCGCCCUCGCGACGCGAAACCAACGAACUGCGAGUGACCUGGGCGUUGGCGUCAUCCAUUCUCUUUUCUUUGCAAAUCACCUAAUCUUUAUCUGCGGAGGAAGACUUGUCCGGCACGGUUUGGGAAGAGUAAGUAGAUAGGUACUGUGUGAGAGAGGCGGCCAAACGUUCGGCUUGCCGUACAUGAAAGGGCCCGUACGUUUGGGACAUGAAGUCGUUUUAACCUUAAUCCAAUACAACUUACCCUCUCGAUAUAAGUCUUGGCGACUCAUUGCAGGCUAAAUCUCUCACCUCACCACACUUUAUCUCGAUAAGGUAGAUCGGUCAGAGAUACGGAGGUCCUCCGGUCCCGCCACCGCAUUUCAAUAAUCCAACUAUCUCAAGGGAAUUCCACCUUCGCGCCCCCCGUUCCGACGACACAUACACCUCCGAUGUCUCAUUCGGCCUAGAGCGGCGUGAGAGAAGUGUGUGUAUUUCUCAGACAGCCAUGGCCGGCCCCGUAGACGCUCGCGACGAGAGCGGAAAGCCUCAGUCGGCGACCGCACUGACGUCGACGUGGGCGCGCAUCCGGAUCAAGGCGGUCAGGAUCUUCAAGCUCGUUUUGGCGCAGUGGCUCGUCAUCGGCUUCGCUCUGAGCUGUGUUUUUGCGUAUUUUUUCCCGAAUGUCGCGGCUAGAGGUGGACCGAUCAGGUCAGAAUACACCAUCAUCUAUGGCGGCAUCGCCAUCAUCUUCCUCGUCAGCGGACUACAGCUCUCGCAUACGAAGCUGAGGCAGAAUGUAGCCAACUGGCGGCUACAUAUUAUUGUCCAGGGUAUCAGCUUUAUCGUGAUUCCCGUAAUACUACUAAUCAUCGUACAUAUCAUCAUCGCAGCAGGCGGCCUCCGCACCCAAGCCCUCGCAACCCCCAUCAUCGUAGGCAUGGUCGUCGCCUCCUGCCUGCCGACGACAAUCGCCUCCAACGUCGUCAUGACCCGCGCCUCGGGCGGUGAUGACGCUGCCGCUAUCAUCGAGGUCGUCAUCGGCAACGUGCUGGGCAGCUUCAUCUCUCCUGGUCUAAUUUACGGCUUCAUCCCCAAGACGCCCGAGUUUGCAGACUGGCAGCCCGCGAAUCCGAGUACCCUGGGCGCCAUGUACGCCAAUGUCCUGAAGCAGCUAGGCUUAAGCGUGUUGUUGCCGUUGGCUGUGGGACAGGUUGUGAGGUGGUUUUGGGAGAAGAAGGUCGAUUGGGCGCUGAGGACGUUCUAUCUUGCUAAAGUGUCGACGUUUUGUCUGAUUUUGCUUGUCUGGACAACCUUCUCAGCAGCCUUCAAAACAGGCGCCCUCUACGUAACCCCCCACCCCUCCAUAAUCUUCAACGUCUUCAUGAACGUCGCCCUCUACGCCCUCUUCACCCUCAUCUGCUUCUACGCCGCCCGCCCUCCCUUGGCGCUCUGCAACACAAUUAACCCUCUUCUCGCCGAGUCUCGCCCUCUGAAGUCCCGCUGGGUCCCCAACUUUCUCCGGCGUGCCCUGACCGUCCGCCAGCUGCCGAGGGAGCAGAUGAUUGCCGUCUGCUUCUGCGGUGCGGCGAAGACGACGUCACUUGGCAUUCCCCUGGCGACGGCUAUGUGGACGCAGUCGGAUGACUUGACGAGGGCGCUGAUUCAGAUUCCUGUGUUGUUGUAUACUAUUGAGCAGGUUUUCAUGGCGCAAAUCUUGGUCUAUGUCUUCAAGUGGUAUUUGAGGAGGGCUGCUAAAGCUGAGGGGGAUGAGGAGGGGGGCAGUGUUGCGGAGGGGGAGGAAGAGGGAGACGGCUCAUUGGAGAAGUCAAUUGGUGAUAGAGAUGAUGAGAAGAAGGGCGGAGAGGUCAGGAACGGGAGUAAUGUGGUGCCCGUCAAGACCAUUUUUGAGGCAUGAUUGGUUUCUAUCACGUAGCAGUUUCUAGUGUGUGUUACAAAACUAACGCGGCGCAACUUGAUGGGGAAAAGUGAAGGCAAGGUGUGAACAGGAAGCGUCCUUCAACUUGCUCUCAACGGUACAUAUACUCGUGUGCAUUCGCUAAGGCUGCCUCACUUAGGAACGGAGCUGGUCGCUGACUCCUGGC